CAAUCUCUCCUGCCUCCUCGCAAUAUUCCUCUCCCUGCUAGCUAGCCUUGCUCUAGGCACGCUUGGCCUCAAACUGGUCAGAGAGGGUCUUCUCUCUUGCCUUCUCAGCCUUGUACUUGUGGAUACUCUCCAUGAGGACCCUCUUGUUCUUGAACAUGUUACCUAGACCUUCAGGUACAUGUCAUGAAACAUGCAAGCAUCUCAACACGCUGGGCGCCAAGGCCGUGCUGGCCUUCUUGACCACCAUGCCGCUCUCGGAGAUCGCCUUCGCCUUCCUGCUCCUCCCCUACCUUCUCCUGGCCACGCUCGCCUUCCCGCAGCACCCCGCGAAGCCCAACCCGUCCUUCCCCGUCUUCCUCGGCCUCGCGCGCCUCCUCCUCGCCGCGCACACCGUGGGCGGGUUCCUCGUUGGUGCCGCGCUCCCGGCGCUCUAUGUCCUCGACGGCCUCUGGUCCGGGGACACCACGGGGAUCAUUGCCGCAGCCCCGCACGCAUUCCUGCUCUCCGCGCAGGUCUUCAUCGAGGGGCUCACCGCCGCGCUCCCGUGGCGGUUCUCGCUCCCCGUCAGGGCCGCCGUACCGGUCAUGUACAGCACGCGCAGGAUGUUCGUGGCAGGGGAGUGGCUCCGGCAGGAGAUGGAGGGGGUGACUGCGGCGACGGGAAGGGAAGGGGGCGGAGCAGCAUGAGGCUGGGUGGGUCGAGGAGUUCCCCUGCGGCGGCGGCGGCGGCGUAGGAAACCUAGUGCGUGCGAGGGUAAUCGAGGAGAAGAGCUGCUCGCACGGUUGUUUAGAGAG